UGCUUUGCAAAUUGAAAUGAUAAAGAAGAGGGGACCAGAGUUUGUGAAUGGAGUAAUUAAUAGUAGCUUAUAAGUAAUUUGAUGGAGGCAAACGCUAGUGUCCUCAAAUUAAAUAAAGUAAUCGCAGCAGAGAGAUUAGUAUAGUAAUUAAGUGCAUCAAAGCUUCUAAGAUGGGGAGAAGCCCUUGUUGCUCAAAAGAUGAGGACUUGAAAAGAGGUGCUUGGACUGCUGAUGAAGACAAAAUCCUCAUAGACUACAUUAGGGUCCAUGGCCAUGGAAGAUGGAGAAACCUCCCCCAAAAAGCAGGUUUAAAAAGAUGUGGCAAAAGUUGUAGACUGCGAUGGUUGAACUAUCUAAGACCAGACAUCAAAAGAGGCAAUAUAUCCUCUGAUGAAGAAGAACUCAUCAUCAGACUUCACAACCUCCUGGGAAAUAGGUGGUCUCUAAUAGCUGGGAGGCUUCCGGGGAGAACAGACAAUGAGAUCAAGAACUAUUGGAACACCAACUUGAGUAAGAGGAUGAAAGAUAACAAGGAUCACAACAAAGAAACAACCACCUCUUCUUCGAAUCCAAAACACCCUCAAACAGAACCAACCCCACCUUUUAAGAUUGACUUCCCUGUAAUCCGAACAAAGGCUACAAAGUGCUCAAAGCCAUUACUCAUAAAUAACAAUGCACGACAAUCAACACCGGUACCUUUGCUUCUGGAUGCUUCUGCUGCUGCUGCUGCUGAUUCUGAAGCCAACAACAAUAAGAAUAUCGUUUCAUCAAUAGCAAGUAACCACAAAGAAGUACUCUCAAAGAACUACAAUAGUAAUGAUGAGUUUUUGCCCUUCUUCAAUGAAGAUGAUGACAAAGAAAUACUCUCAAAUACAGAUUUGCUAAUAGACGAUUAUUGUAAUCUUACCGAUGCUGAUGGCGGCUUAAAUGAUCUUAUCAAUUCUGAUGUCUCUGAUCUCUGCUACGAGCUAUUAUUAUCGCCUUAUUCGGACCAACCCACCACCAUCUUCUCCGAUGACAUCCUCAAUCAAUGGACACAUGGCUAUUUCGAUGAUGCUGAUGAUCACAUUAAUCAUGAUGAUGACUCAAUCAUUGACCGUCAUUGUCACCAGUCAAAUGCCAAGGAGAUAGAAUAACGGCAAUGCCUCUGCGAAGAAUUGUUAUUCACAUUCCCAUGUUUUAAGCAAGAAAAAUUAGGUGAUAUAUUUACUACCCUUUCUCUCUUUUAAACCCUCCUCUCACUAUUUGUAUACAUUGUUUUUCUUUGAAUGUACUUCCAAA